UUUCUUCUCUCCCAUCUCUCUUUGAAAUAGGUGCGAGACAAGCGAACAAACAACACCGAACCACUCUCUCUCUCUCUCGUCUUUGCGUUCGAUUCGAACCCUGGGCACAUUGAAUCAAUCAUUUGGAGUCUCUCUUGGAUCUUCAAUCAAUGGUGUCUUGAUCUGUUUGUGUCUGGGCUGCUAGGAUUUGGAGAUUUUUGUAGAUGGAAAAGGAUAAGUUCCCCAACCAUGGUAGGGGGUUUUCUGCCUCCGUUAGGACGGUAUUCGGGUUUUUCUCCUCCGGGUAACAGUUUCAAUACGAAAUCAGAGCCUAUGGCAUCAUCAACAUUGCCUCCACUAGGACCUGGGGGUAGUUCAGAAACGGGUCAUUUUGGUCAUGGGAUUCCUAUGGAUUCUAGCCAUUUUAGUCAUGAUAUUAGCCGAAUGCCCGAUAACCCGCCAAAGAAUAAGGGCCAUCGGCGUGCCCAUUCGGAAAUUCUUACUCUUCCUGAUGACAUUAGCUUUGAUAGUGAUCUUGGUGUUGUGGGUGGUUUGGAUGGACCUUCGUUGUCUGAUGAGACUGAAGAAGAUUUGCUUUCUAUGUACCUUGACAUGGAUAAAUUUAAUUCAUCCUCAGCAACAUCUGCCUUCCAAGUUGGUGAGCCAUCUUCUGCAGCAGCUGCACGAACUCCAGCUUCAGCAACUUCUCCUACUGAGAAUGUGGCCCCUUCUUUUAGUGAGAGGCCCAGAGUUAGACAUCAGCAUAGCCAGUCGAUGGAUGGGUCGACUACAAUUAAGCCUGAGAUGCUCAUGUCAGGUUCAGAAAAGGCAUCUGCAGCUGAUUCUAAGAAAUCCAUGUCUGCUGCUAAGCUUGCUGAGCUUGCUCUUAUUGACCCAAAGUGUGCCAAGAGCGCAGAGCUUUCAUUAAAGCUCAUAAUCUUCAUGAAACUCAGAUAUUUGCCAAAAUUGAGACAAUGGAGGGAUUGAGACAUUUUGAUGAGAUCCUUCAGGAAGCAGAUGGUGUUAUCCUCUCUCGCGGGAAUUUAGGAAUUGACUUAGCCCCAGAAAAGGUGUGUAUAGAUGGAACUAUCACCAUUAACCUUAGACAGAUCUUACCUUUCUC